AUGCAAGAAUUUAAUGGUACUAGUAGAAAAGAAUCUGACCUGGAUGUAUGGAUCUAUUGUUCAGCAGUUCUUAAGAUACUCGUCAAAUACUUGACCAGAGAAGAGAUAAAUCACACUUACCGAGGCAACAACGCUUUGUUACUACUAGUUAAAGAGGGAGAAUACAGCUACAGGACUGAAUUUCUGGAAUGUGCAAGAAUUCUUGUUAAAUCCGGCAUCAAAGUCAACCACGCUGACCUGAAGAACUUCACUGCUAUCCUAUGGGCCAUCAAGAAGGACUACAGGGAUCUCAUUGAGGUGCUCCUGAACAACAGCUUCAAUUUGGACAUCGACAACUACACAAUGAAUGGUAAAAGUGCCAGAGAACUGAUCUUAUCCAAAUAUCCUGGUGAUCUAGUGUUACCAGACAAUUUCACCACCAUUGCCAGCCCCAAAGACCUCCUCUUCAAGUACUUGAAGUCCUAUAAUGAAAACGCGUUCAUCAGUUACAACCAAGGUGAUAUUUCCCAGUACAAAGAUGCAGACGACUACACCCUAACCCUUCUUCAGAUGAGCUGCCAACUUGGACUGUUGAAAGCAACAAGGCACCUCUUAGAAAACAAGGCAGACGUCCGUAGAACCACGCAGAAACAGCCUAGUCCCCCCUUGGAGUUAGCUGGUGAACAUGGUCACUUCGAAAUAGUAGAACUCCUCCUAGACCAGGCCAAAAGCCUGAAGGUCCCAAGCUCAACACUAUCGAUCCUGUUGAACAAGAUGAACCUCAGUGAAUCUGGCGGAAAAUACGAGAAGUGCUUCGAGGAACUCAUGAAAAACCAGGAUGAGGCAUCUCUGAAUUCUGGAUCAAGCAAGAAUUUCCAGCAGACCCCUCUGCAUUACGCUGUGAAGUUCGCCAAGACCAAGCACAUCUUAGAAUUUCUUCGCAAAGGCUCUUCCCUUGCUAACAAGAACGAGUUUGGAGUGAUGGCCAUCGACAUAGAAGCUGACGUGCUGGAACAAUAUUUAGACGACUGCGUGGAUAUUAACGAUAUCGACAAAAACAACAUUUACGUCACUUUGAAGUACAAGACUUUGCUGCCGCCCCCUGAAACCGACGCCGUAUUGUACAUGUGCCAGGCACCCUACCUAAAGCACCUUUUAACCCACCCUGUGAUAGAUACAUUCCUGCUGUUGAAGUGGCACAAGAUCAACAUGAUCUUCUACACGAAUUUAUUCUUUUACUUUCUAUUCAUCACAUCGCUUGUUACUUAUAUAUUUUCUUCAUUUGGAAACUUUCACUAUAUUUCGCAGAAUGAAUCUUCCUUGGCCACUCUGGCGAAUGCUAGCCAUUUCAUACUUUGUGUUACCUACGUGUUGCUAGUGUUAAGAGAAUUGUUUCAAAUACUAGUCAAUCCGAUGGACUAUUACAAAGAUAUCGACAACUGGAUCGAGGUGAUUCUGAUUUUCAUCGUCGGUUUCAUGAUCUUCUUGAAGGACCCCACCAACGACACAAGAAAGCAGCUUUCCUCCCUAGCCAUCUUACUAUCCACUUUCGAGUUGAUCCUAAUGGUUGGGCAAUACCCUAGGCUCACAACCAACGUUGUGUGAACGGUGAUGUUCAAGAGGGUCUCAAAAAACUUCAUAAAAUUCCUCGCCUGGUAUUUCUUGCUGAUCGCUGCUUUUGCCAUGAGUUUCUUCAUACUUUUCAGUGAGAGCGUCGAGGAGAAACAAGAAGGAAAUGGGGAAGGUGACGAAGAGAAUCAAAACUUUUUCAUAAGUCCUGGUGGAGCCCUGUUCAAAACCUUGGUGAUGUUGACUGGUGAAUUUGACGCGAGUGAUAUGAACUUCCAUUCUUUUCCCAUAACCAGCAAGGUGAUCUUUAUACUUUUCGUCUUGAUGAUCGCUUUGAUCCUCUUGAAUCUUCUCAACGGUUUGGCGGUUAGCGACACCCAAAGAAUAAAAAAUGACGCAGAGUGCGUGGGACUGAAGGCCAGGACUGAACACAUCCACUAUAUGGAAACCAUGGUCUUGGGCAACAUUCUUCCAACCACAGUGUUGAACUUCUUGAAUGAACUGUGUUGUUGCAUUCCAUUCCAAGAAAACCUGCAAAUUAUUAUAAGCCAACCGCUCUCCAAACACAUCAUACAUUAGUUUGUAUCCUAAGACUGAGAUCAGAAUCCCUAUGUCCAACGAUUUCGAAAUGAUGAAGGUGGACAAGAAGGGCAGCAAGAAAGAGAGCGCUUUGGCUGUUUUCAACUCCCUCAAGUUGGACAAGAAGAUUCAGAGGAAAAUCAGGAAGGUCAUGCAGAAUCAGAAGAUGACCAGCAAUGAGACGUUUGUGAAGAAUAAAAUCAAGCAGAUAGAAAACGACCAAGCGAAAAUUCUAACGAUUCUUGAAGAUAUUAAGAGGAGAAUGAAACAAGAUGCGUGAUUUAUUUUGUUGAAAGCUAAGCCAGACAGUUUGAAUGGCGUUUUCAUAAUAUUUUUUCUUUUUAGAUAUUUUAAUUUUCGUUGAUCAUUGUGGAGAAUUAUGCAUUUUCUAUGACAGACGCUUAUUUUUCGAUUAUUUUCU